UGCUGGUGGACAACUGAUGACAGUUGCGUUUUCUGCAGGAAUUUGGAGCUUUGUUUUCAUACCAGAGCACGCACACAGGGGGUAAUAAAGGGAGAGGUGAAACAGAGAUAAAACCCCAACCCUAACCUUAACACAGUCAACAGUUACUCAACUGCAGAACCUUUGAUGACAUGUGUUGUACUGUGGAGUUUAGUGAUCUUUAAACAGUGGGUUCAGUUCAGUGGGAAAUGUAGCCAUUUACAAAGGUGCCCCCAAAAAUGCCCCUGUGCUCUCUGCUCGUCUGUUUGUUCCUCAAUGUCUUCUUCUGCACUGUUAAUGAAGUGGGUUGGAUCACAGUGGGUGUGGUGGCGGUGGCGGCGCCUGCUGCCCUGGGUUACCUGCAGGACAGGUGUGGGGGCAGAGCAUCAGACGCUGAGCUCCACAGGAGGCGCUUUCACGCUGUGCACCGCAGAGACCUGCUGACAGUGCAUCUCACCAAACAGGAGGCCAUGCUGGAAGUCAAAGACCUGUUGAAGCACCUGGAUGACAUGCUGUCCUCUGCCUGCCAGUCAGCAGAAACCUUUUACAAGGUCCUGUACUGGGAUAACCAUACCAAGUCAUCAAGGUCUACACACACACACACACACACACACACACACAGUACCACCUGUACGUGAGCAGAACUGAGCAGUCGAGUCAUUGAACAUUAUUGUUGUUCUGCUCAUGGACUUCUUCACAACAGACCAAAUAGGGUCAUAUUGGAUCUAAGAAUAAUGAAAUCGACAUUUUUUUACCCAGUUCUCAGGUAGGGUGUGAUGGGACAAGACUAUCUCCUGGGACUCUGGAAUGAUUUCAUUAAGCUUUAAUUAAACUGUUUAGCAGCUGCAGCAAGUUCAUAAGUACCUCAUCAUUUGUGACUCCAUCACACCGCAGCCACCAGCUCUUUGAACACAUGUAUGAGAAGAUGUGAUUUGUUUGACUACACAAUGAUGCAAACAUUUGUGUGUGUGUGUGUGUGAGAGAGAGAGAUAUUUCCAGUAAGUAAGAAGUAAAAUACCUGUGAGCCAAACAAGAGUAGUCCAUAUUGUGCCAUUAUCAUUGUGUCUGCCAAAGUCCCUACAGUAUAUCUUGGUGGUUAUUGCAAGAAUAGGAGAAAGUUGACAAUGCAGAUUUCAGGAAACCACUGUCUGUGAGUGAUGGUAAGGUCUUGUGAGCUACAUCUGCACCAGAGUUCAGGCGAGCUGAAUUUGUCAUGAAACUUGAAAGUUGUAAUUUGACAUUAAAAUAUUUCUGAUAUGAUAAAUGCAAAAGACAUCCACUGACUAAACACCUGCAUUGCAAAUAUUAAUUUAACAUUUGCCUUAUCUUAGUUUCUUUGAUUACAGGAUGUGAUCACAAAGGUGUACAUAGUGAAAUAUGAUCUUUAUCGCCCUCUACUGGCAAUCUGAAUGUCUUCUGAGAAUGAUCUUUCCUCCACUGGUAUCAGAUCUGGCUGCUGUCUCACUGUCACGCAGCUGACAUGGAAAGACUGACUU